CAUGCCGGGUCCCUGCGCCUGCCCCCGGCAGCGCCGCCGCCGCCGCCCGCCCGCGCCCGCCCGCCGCGCUCCGCUGAGGCCUCCGCGAUGGAGUCGCAGUGCGAUUAUUUCAUGUACUUCCCGGCCGUGCCCUUCCCAGCGCGCGAGGUGCUGCUGGGGGAGCCGGGCCGGUACCGCGCCCUGCCGCGGAGGAACCACCUCUACCUGGGCGAGACAGUCCGCUUCCUGCUGGUGCUGCGCUGCCGGCCCGGCGGGGCGGGCAGCGGCCGGGCGCCCUGGGGGGAGCUGGCGGGAUCGCUGGCGGCCCUGGCCAGCGUCAGCCCCGGCGGGGGCGCGGCGGGCGACGGCGAUGCGCCGGCGGCGGGCCCGGGAGAGGCGGCGGGCGACGGGGAGGCGGCGGGCGGCCGCGGGGGGCCCUUCCGGAGCUGCCCGGCCCUCCUGACGCACGGACUGGCGCCGCCGGGGAGGCCGGCUGCAGGCGGGCCCCCGGAGGAACCCAUCGUCUCCACCGACGAGGUGAUCUUCCCCUUGACCGUCUCUUUGGACAAGCUGCCCCCCAGCACCGCCAAGGCCAAAAUCGUGGUCACCGUUUGGAAGAGGGAUCAAGAGAAAGCCGAAGUGCGGGAGCGCGGCUACCUCCGCAUUUUGCAGGAUCGGGCCCCUUCCCAGACCUUCCGGGAGGAGCAGGGGAACUUCAAGGCGCAAGUGAGCACCCUGCUGACGGUGCUGCCGCCUCCCGAGCUGAAAUGCCAGCAGUGCAACGUCUCCGGGAAACACCUGACGGUGCUGAAAGUCUUGAAUACAGCGUCCCAGGAAGAGCUCUCUGUGUGGGAUGUGCGGAUCCUCCCCAACUUUAAUGCCAGUUACCUUCCCAUGAUGCCCGACGGGUCUGUCUUGUUAGUCGAUGAUGUCUGCCAUCAGUCAGGCGAAGUUUCCAUGGCCUCUUUCUGCCGUGUGGCCUCAGCUGCCUCGGCCUGUCCCUGCUCACUCCGAGCUCUCGAGGAGCAGAAUUUCCUCUUCCAGUUGCAGGCACCAGAGCAGCCCCCCCACAGCACCAAGGAGGGCCUAGAGGUUCCUCUCAUUGCCGUGGUUCAGUGGUCAACCCCCAAACUGCCGUUCACUGCCCGGAUCCACACUCACUACAGGCUGCCAAGCAUCCGCCUGGCCCGUCCUCGAUUUGUCAUGACGGCAGAGUGUGAGUCACCGGUGGUCUUGCACCAGCGCUUCACAGUAGCCUACACCCUUAUCAACAACUUGCAGGACUUCCUGGCUGUACGCUUGGUGUGGACACCGGAAAGUGCAACCACAGGCAAGACACUUUCUUGUGAAGAGCAGCGUGCCAUCCACGACACCCAAGACUCCAUUGUCUGCCACACACCCCUCAACAACCUGGGAUACUCUCGCAAGGGCAGCGCCCGCACUUUCUGUGUCACAUUCCAGGCCCUGCAGGCAGGCCUGUAUGAGCUGUCCCAGCACAUGAAGCUGAAGCUGCAGUUCACAGCGAGCAUCUCUAACCCACCCCCAGAGGCCCGGCCUGUUUCCCGCAAAAGCAGCCCCAGCAGCCCUGCAGUCCGUGAGCUGGUGGAGCGGCACCAGGCCAGCCUGGGCCGUUCACAAAGCUUCUCCCACCAGCAGCCAGCACGAGGGCACCUCAUGAGGUCAGGCAGCGUCAUGGAGCGCCGAGCCAUCACUCCACCUGUGGGAUCUCCCGUUGGCCGGCCCCUUUACUUACCCCCUGACAAGACAGCUCUUUCCCUUGACAAAAUUGCCAAACGUGAGUGCAAAGUGCUAGUGGUGGCACCUGUCACGUGAACAGGGGGCAGGAAUUCCCCCCCACACUCCCCUCCCCACAGACACACCGCAGCCUGCCUUCCUGGGGCAUUGCCAGUCCCUUGCAGCUCCGGCUACUCAUAGUCAUGUAGCUCAGUAACCCCCACUAGUUUGUGUUGGUGAGGGCUGCAGUCUUGCAAAGGAUCCUACACUUGCCCGUGAAACACUACUGAGGUCUGCAAUGAUGCACUCCUGUCCCUACUUUCGAGGGCACAGAGGCGCGCCCCCCCCAUUAAGCAGUUCCCCCAGCUGUGUCACCUUCUGCCUUGCGUGCAGGUUGGUGCUUCUGUUUAUUCCUGUGUUUUCCCUGUUUGUUUUGGGUUUAGUCUGGGAGCUGGGGGGUGAAAGAAACCCAUGUCCUUUGCUCUCCUUCUUAAUGGGGGGAGGGCACCCUGCUUUUCUUCAUUCUCCAGGGUCAUACAAGUGAGGCCAUAUUCCAGAGCAGAGCAGCAGCCCCCACCCAUGGCAGCUGCUUCAAGAAGCAAGUGCGUGGUUUUAUAUACUGGAUUAUUUUGCCACCCUUUGCGGGUCAAGGGCAUUUUAGAAGCUGGACUCCCCCACAGUGAAUUGUGCCACUUUUUACUACUGGAAAAGGGACAGGUUUUCUCUCAGGCAGGGACGGUUCGAGCAUCUGGCUGUUUCUGAUUGCAGACUGUGGUCUCUUCCCCCUCCCCUGCCCCCCCUCGAUGCAGGGAGGGAGGGGCUGACUGACUUGCACGCCAGCUGCUCUUGCCCUUCUCAGGCCAAAGUGCUCCCCCACCCCAUUGCACUUUAUUUAAUUUUUAUUAUUUAUAUAUUUUUAUUUGCCUCAAAAGUGGCUCCAAAUCUGUGUGUGAAUAAACUGCACUGGCUGUCACCCGGA